AUGCCGGCACCUUUUCCUGUCCCCGGACCGCGGCCCGGGUUGGAUUUGGCGCAGAGGGCAGUGGCACCGGCGGUGCUGGGGGAGCCGGGAGGAGCUCCCCAACCCUGCCCGUGCCCUCCUGCAGCACAGCAUGUGCACUGCCCCUCCCGCAGGUUUGUGUAUGAGAACAAGAAUAUGGCUUCUCAUAAAGUCUACAUGCUGGACCCUUGGGUCAACAACCUGCUCUUGAAUUACGAACAGAUGGAUCUCAGUGAUAAUCUCCUGGCUGGGCAGGUCCUGCAGGUUUUACAUGACUCAGCUGUGCCAGGCCAGCCUGAGGCUGUCCAAGAUGCUGUCCUGCAGGUCUCAGAUGGGUCCUACUACAUCCGUGUGAUCAUUGCAGCUGAAGCUCUGCAGUCAGAGAAAAACACCCACACGCAAAUCAAACUUUCCAGCCUCAUUUGCAGAAUUGUCAUCUUGCAGAAGUACACAGUGUGUUUCCAGGAGGAAGUCAGGCCGGAGGACUGUGAGUUCUACCUCCGGGUCCAGAAGUUCAUUGUGCUGCCCAUAGAGAUGCUGAGGUUGGAGUCAUCUGACGGGAACAAGGAGCCCUCUGUGAUGCAGAAGGUAAAGAAGCUCUGGCUGAGGAGUCUUGCUGAAAGUGACAACCCCAGCUCAGAGUCAUCCCUCUCUCAGCUGAUAGAUGCCAUAAGACAAAACCAUCUGGAAGAUUUGAAGGAAAGUGCUGAGGUAUGCCUGGAUUUAGGGGUGCCCAAGAUGAUGCCAGCAACAGGGAAGGACGAGGUUCCUGUCACGCAGUGGGAGGCAGUGCGCAAGCAAGGGCAGGGCGAGGACACCUUCAUAGUCCCAGCCAAUAUCCUGGUGGUCCCUCCUGAGGAGGGGGCAGUUGCUUGUGAUUCUUCCAGGGCAGAGACAAGUGAAGCAACUCCCAGGGAGAGUGGUGAUGGCAGUAUAGGGCCGUCUGAGCUGAGUGUCAUAUCCCAACCCAGCUCUGUCGUGUCAACAGCCUUGUCGGAGAGCCUGGAGGGAUCUAUGGACACCCCGUGGGACAGGCUCCCUCCAGUAUGUUUGACCAUGAGCUGUUCAGGUGAGAAGACACUUCCACAAGACCCUCCAUUGAAGACCAAGCAAGAUGUGGCUGCUGACAGCAAAAUCCUGGACAUACUGGAACUGUGUAGCCAGGACUCCUCUGAGGGCAGGUCACCAGGAGUGCCAGUGCAGACCUCCUCUCCCCUGCUUGGCAACUAUGGCAAUGCCAAUCGGGUGAAGACCAGCACCACACAGGCACCAUCAGCCAUGGAGGCAGCUUGUGAUGCCCCCAAUGCUGCCCAAGGACCACAGGUUUUGGGGAGCUCUGAGGCAACACCAACACCUCCUUCUCCAGUUACUACCAUCUUGCCCAGCAGCCAGUUGCAAGCCCUGACUGAAGGGAUGCCUCACAAGAAGCAGGCAGGCUCCAGUGUCACCGCUUUCCCUCCAGAUACAUUGGAGCAUGGUCAGGAUUGUGUCAGGUUCCUCGGAGGAGGUGCUGUGGGUGCCAGGAGGAAGCUGCUGGAAGGAAAUGGCCAAACACAGCCAGCCCACCAUAAGCAGCAGCAUCCCCGUCGUGCCCCUCGGUGCAAGAGGAGAGAGGUGGGCAUUAGGCUGAAGCCCGUGAGCACACAGAGUGCUAAGAAGAGCAGAAAAGAGGAGGCAGGGCUGCAGCAUGUAAAGGAGCUCUCUGAGAAGAUGGAGGAGGAAGCAGCUGUAGAGAGUGGCCCCAGCUCCCAGGCAGAGCAGCACAAAGCUCUGCAGCCGUGCAAUGAGAAGCCACUUCAGUACAAAUAUGAGGCACCAAGCCCUGGGCCCUGUGAGCAGAUAAGAUCUAUCGGGAUCUCAAAGGUGACGCUGGAGUGGGCUUGCUGGAUCCUGAUGGAGAAGGAUGUGGAUUCCUGAGCCCAGCCUGUCCUUCCUUUCUUCACUGGUUCAAGUUAAGGUUGCUAACUUGAAGAGCAAUUGGAGGAAGGAUGGAGGAACAACAGAACCCUGUCCCCAAAGGGACCACUGAGUGGGUUGGCCUGACUGCAGAGACUGGCUGUAGAGGUUCUGGGAACAUAACAUGUCAAAGGCCAGCACCCUCAGUGCUGAAGAAGCGGGGAAAGCAUCCAUUCAGGGUUGCUGGCUCCCUUCUCCCACUUCACCCUCUCCAUCCUUUCAGAACUCCCUGGCACAGCAAAUGGGGACAAAUGGUGACACACUGCCACAGGAGCAGGGCUGUGUUUGUCAGCCCCACAAUCUGAUCCCUGCUCCAAAGGCAGCAAGGGAGUUCGGAUGUUUUAUUGGUUGGUUUCCAUAGGGUCCUGCACUGUUCAUUACAAAAAAUACCCCACAGGGUUAUGCUGUAGAAAUGAAAAAUAAAAAUUGUAUAUUUUUUAAAUACA